ACAGCAUGUGGGACAAAUGCAACAUUCUUUUCAGAGUGGAUUGAUAUUUUGACUUUAUAAUUGUCCAUGUUGAGAAUGACACUUUUCAUGUGCAUGUAGUACAAAAUGGCAGAAAUAAAAAUGCUUAGCAUUAUUUCAGAAAUGGUUAGGUUCUUCACAACUCCCAAACAAAAAUUAAUUUAAGGAUUAUCAAGAUGAGAUUCAAUAAGGUAACUCAAACAAAAAAUUAAAACCAGUCUUUCUAAAUCAAUAAAAUUCAUAGUUAUAUUGCUCUAAUACUUACUGGAGAAUGGCAAUAGGAAUAUAUUAAAUUUUUUUUAUUAAACCAUUAUGUUUCUGUAAGAUCCCCACUGUGUAGGCAUUGAUGGUCUGGAGAUUGCCUCACUCACAGAGAUCUGCCUGCCUCUGUCUACUAAGUGCUGGGAUUAAAGGCGUGCUCCAUCAUGCUUGACUGAAUUGAGGUCCUAAAUAGAGGUUAAUGGUGUUGUAUUAAAGAAAGUGGAAGAAUCAUUCCAAACAUAGCAAACAAAGAUCCAAAGGACUGAUAGAAUAUAAACUUUUAAAGUAACAAGCUCAAGAAAUAUUAUUUUUUCCAUUUAAAUCUUCUUUCGUAUCAAUUCAAGUGAGUGACCCCACUUAGUGAUGAUUAGAUUCUGAGUUAGAGUUUUAGUGAACUUAUAUGGGGUUCCUUAUGAUUGGCAUAUGUAAUAAUCCAAGAAAUCGUGUUUGUCAAGGAGGAGGCAAGUACUAGUCUAGUUAUGAGGAACAUAGUAAGGAAUGAGAAAAGGAAAUAAGAGUACUGACAGGGUCCUUGACCUUGUAGAUCCUGUUUUAUGUGAUUGGCCAUGGAGCAACAGAAAACAGCACUGAGAAAACUAGCUCAUGAAGAAAGAACCUGGCUGAUGAGACAGGUUGAGCCUGAGACAGUAAGGAAGGCUGCCCUGUAAAGGACAUACUUCAGCAGAGAGCCUAGUGAUAUCAGGAGCCAGUAACACUUAUGGGGUCGACAGGAACACUACAGGGAGAGGAAGAAGACAGUGGAAGGCCAGGGAUCAGCUUCUGUCUGGGUGUGUCUCAGUAAUUGAGAGCAGCGACCUGACAAGGGCAUAGUAGACUGUGGAGGGGACACGGUCAUACGGUCAGAGAUGAGAUGAGAAUAUAUGUUAGUUCACAGCAAGACAACAAUUUGAGAACUCAUUCAUAACCUCCUCUUCGCUUUCUUAAAACGUUGUAGCCCAGUAUAUCCUUCAGAGGAGAAAUAAAAUCGCGUUUACUUUUUUUCUUUUUUCUUUGGUUUUUGUAUCAUGACUGGGGAAAUGGAAAACUCUCAGUUUUUUGAAGGAGGAAAUUGGGGCUCAAAGAUUUUUCUCUUGCUCAAGGUCACACAGCUUGCAAAAGGCACAGCUAGGAUUCAAAUCAGGCCUUAGGAUUCCAGGACCAGAGCCUUUCAUGCUCCUGGUAGUGUCACUGUCCUUAUGUAAUCUCCAGAGAAUAAGUUGCUGACCUCUUAUAAGGGACCUGGCAGGACUGUAACUGUAACUGAAUGUUUUAUAGUCCUCCACCCAUGGCUCACAAGCCCUCCACUUUCGCCAGUAGGAAGGUUUCUGCUAGGGCACAGGAGCCAGUGCCUUCCUUCUGUGGAGAAAAGGUCUAGUGAUUGUGUGUUUCUUUUGCUUAGCACUUGCUCAGCAGCUCUUUGCUUUUAUAGCAAGAGUUGACUUUCUACCAACUUUGUGUAUCUGGACUGAAUGGAAUAUGGCAUAAGACAUUUUAAAACGAACAUGAAAUGUGGUGAAGAAGCUGGCAUUCACUCAUGGGUGCUAUAUCAGCUGUUUCUGCACUUUGCCCCUCCAUUAAAUUAACUGCCAGGCUGGGGCCAUUAAAACACAUCACUUUCCCCUCAAUUAUAGUCACACACUAACUCCAAAUAUUCUAAGCUUUUCUCAUAGAAUCCUUUUCAGAAAGGACUGGGAGUUUCCUUUCAGUGUGGCCCUUCCUUGGUGUUCCCAUUGUUGGGUCUAUUUUUUGUAAUUUUUGGUUCUGAAUAUGCCUAUCUGAACGCCAGAUCUCUGUUGAUGAUGCAUCCCCAAAUCCUAGUAUUUGCUUGAGCGAGAGCCCUCGAAAUAGAGACAUAUUGUACUCCUCUCAGAAAGCAGCAUUUGUUGCUUGCUUGGGGGCUUUCUGAUUGAUGCAAGGGGGCGAGGAAAGAGUUGGCCGCGGCUAGGGAGCAGAUUUAGUGCGGCUUCUCAUUGGAGGGGCUCGCCUUCUCUAAGCUGCCAGACACUGCAGGCUCAACCAAGGCGCGGAGGUGCAAUUCAGGCUGGUGGAGCAGCGGGGGAAGGCAAGGACAGGCGGGGCUAGCGCUGCUCUGCAGCUGAUCACACGCACCAGCACACACACCUCAUCCUCGCUGUCUCUGCUUGAGCCUCGCAUCGUCCAUCCACCGGGCAACCAAAGCGUGUACAUGGACUAAGAAAACCAGGAAAGGAAGACUCAAAUGUUUCUAUUGCGAGGCACAGGAAAAGCUGGAGCAACGCCAGGGUUUAACCUGAAAGUCUGACCUCGGUUAAGCUGCCGCUCUGUCUCCUGGAAAGAGGGCAUCGCGCGCGCCAAGGAACCCCAGAGUCAGCGUCCGAGUCCGUCUCUGCUUGGAGCACCAGGGUCUUCUGGCGGAGACUGUGUAGUGUCCCCCAGGGGGUUCGGAGAUUGAGGCACCUGCUUUGGAUCUCACCCUGGAACAGCAGGAAAAGUAGGAAGGGGUCGGGCAGCCCUGAGAGCUUGGCCGGACGGCCUCAGCUGCUUGCCGCGCGGCUGUCUGUCCUCUGCUGCUGGGUGAGUGCCCCGGCUUCCAGCGCUCCCCGGAGCACCGGGGUGGCCUGGCGUCCCCUCCUCCCCACGAGGGUCCACACGAAGGCCCCAGUGGCGCGCGUGGAAACUCGGCCGCCCGCGCACGGCAGUCGUACAGGUCUCUGGAGUCCCAGGCGGGGGAUUCUGAGCCAGCAGAGCGUGGGUAGGGGGCGUUGCACCACUGCCCAGCAGACAUGCCUCUGGGCGGGAUUUUGGCUAAAAGAUAGGAGGCGGGAGUGACGAGGGAGCCAGGAGCACUCCCGGGGGGCGGCUGAUCAGGGUGCAGCUGGGAGGGGGGAGGGUCUGGACCAAGCAGGUAGCGCAGCUUAGCAGCUUGGGGAGUUGGCAGGUAGGGUGGGACUUGCUUGUCAAACUCGUUAAUUUUCAGCAGCCAGUUCAGGGUGCUGCAAGAUAGUCCGGGGUAGGGUGCUGUGGAAAGGUAAGAGGUGGCCCGGGAUGCCGGUGGUGGGGGUAGAAAAGGGGAGCCUCAAAGAGCUUGGAGGCAAAAUUGCACUUGGGUUCUUACACCUUGCAUCCCUCCUGCCUUGAGUGUGGGAGAACACUUCUGUUUUAACACUGCUCUUGGAAAGAAAGCCUCCGUCCCAGGGGAGGAGAGGCGUCUGCAGGGGCAGAGCCUGCUGCUACCUGCAGGGUGCUCCCCAACCCCCCACCCAGGCGCCUGCUUUCGUCCCCUCCCCUCCUGCCUUCGUCCCCUGCCCCCACCUCCUUAUUGGUGCUGGUUUGCAGCGCUUGGCUCCUGUGCCUCCGCUUCGUGUUUGAAUCUGGCUCGCCCCUCCGUAUUAUGUCUGCACUCCGAAGGAAAUUUGGGGACGAUUAUCAGGUAGUGACCACUUCGUCGAGCGGCUCGGGCUUACAGCCCCAGGGGCCAGGGCAGGGCCCGCAGCAGCAGCUUGUACCCAAGAAGAAGCGGCAGCGGUUCGUGGACAAGAACGGCCGGUGCAAUGUGCAGCACGGCAACCUGGGCAGCGAGACCAGUCGCUACCUCUCGGACCUCUUCACCACCCUGGUGGACCUCAAGUGGCGUUGGAACCUCUUCAUCUUCAUCCUCACCUACACCGUGGCCUGGCUCUUCAUGGCGUCCAUGUGGUGGGUGAUCGCUUAUACCCGGGGCGACCUGAACAAAGCCCACGUCGGCAACUACACUCCUUGUGUGGCCAAUGUGUAUAACUUCCCCUCUGCCUUCCUCUUCUUCAUCGAGACCGAGGCCACCAUCGGCUAUGGCUACCGCUACAUCACCGACAAGUGCCCCGAGGGCAUCAUCCUCUUCCUCUUCCAGUCCAUCCUGGGAUCCAUCGUGGACGCUUUCCUCAUCGGCUGCAUGUUCAUUAAGAUGUCCCAGCCCAAGAAGCGCGCCGAGACCCUCAUGUUUAGCGAGCAUGCGGUGAUCUCCAUGAGGGACGGAAAACUCACUCUCAUGUUCCGGGUGGGCAACCUGCGCAACAGCCACAUGGUAUCCGCGCAGAUUCGCUGCAAGCUUCUCAAGUCUCGGCAGACACCUGAGGGUGAAUUCCUUCCCCUUGACCAACUUGAACUGGAUGUAGGUUUUAGUACAGGGGCAGAUCAACUUUUUCUUGUGUCCCCUCUCACAAUUUGCCACGUGAUUGAUGCCAAAAGCCCCUUUUAUGACCUAUCCCAGCGAAGCAUGCAAACUGAACAAUUCGAGGUUGUCGUCAUCCUAGAAGGCAUCGUGGAAACCACUGGGAUGACUUGUCAAGCUCGGACAUCAUACACUGAGGAUGAAGUUCUUUGGGGUCAUCGUUUUUUUCCUGUAAUUUCUUUAGAAGAAGGGUUCUUUAAAGUUGAUUACUCCCAGUUUCAUGCAACAUUUGAAGUCCCCACCCCUCCAUACAGUGUGAAAGAGCAGGAGGAAAUGCUUCUCAUGUCCUCCCCUUUAAUAGCACCAGCCAUAACCAACAGCAAAGAAAGACAUAAUUCGGUGGAGUGCUUAGACGGACUAGAUGACAUUAGCACAAAACUUCCAACAAAGCUGCAGAAAAUUACUGGGAGAGAAGACUUUCCCAAAAAACUCCUGAGGAUGAGUUCUACAACUUCAGAAAAAGCCUAUAGUUUGGGUGAUUUGCCCAUGAAACUCCAACGAAUAAGCUCAGUUCCUGGCAACUCUGAAGAAAAACUGGUAUCUAAAACCACCAAGAUGUUGUCUGAUCCCAUGAGCCAGUCUGUGGCAGAUUUGCCACCAAAGCUUCAAAAAAUGGCUGGAGGACCUGCCAGGAUGGAAGGAAAUCUUCCAGCCAAACUAAGGAAAAUGAACUCCGACCGCUUCACAUAGCAAACACCUCCUUAGGCAUUCUUUAAGGUUUUGAUUUAGUAUUAGUCCAAUAUUUGGCUUACAAGAUAAUCCUCCCUAGGAAAUCAGAGAGGUCUAUCCCAGUCCAGCAAGUGUAUUUGAGAACUCUUCAAUCCAGUGUUGUUACUGUGCAGAACAUGCGUUAUGAAGGGAGGCCAUCAUAAGGAAGUUAUUAGUAGGCAUGUAUUAUCACAUCAAGCAUGCAAUAAUGUGCAAAUUUUGCAUUUAGUUUUAUGGCAUGAUUUAUAUAUGGCAUAUUUAUAUUGAAUAUUCUGAAAAAAUAUAUAUAAAUAUAUAUUUGAAGAGGAGAUAUUCUCCCCAAAGUUUCUAAUAUAUGUAUUAAGCCAAACAUGAGUGGAUAGCUUUCAGGGCACUAAAAUUAUAUACAUAUAUACAUACACACAUAUAAACACACAUGCACACAUACACAUGACAUACCCAUACAAACAUAUAUAUCUAAUAAAAAUUGUGAUGUUUUGUUCAAAUUUGUAUUUCUUGUGCAUGUUUACUUUAUUAGACUAGGAAGGCUGCUGGCAUUGAUUAUGAAUACCAAAUACUUUAGCCUUAAAUUAUUUGUUAUUUAAAAAUCUGAUUUAAUGUUUUCUGCUGUUAAGGUCAUGGAAUCUUUCAACUGUACUUAAUCAUAAAAGAUUUCUCAGAAGUUUAUGGGGUUCAUGGCACCACAGAGACAUCAUUAUUAUGUAUUUAAUUUGUAAAUUUAGAGUACCAAUACAUGGUACACACCGUUGAACUUUUCUUAUGAUUUUUAGAAGUCACUGGAACUGGGGUUGGGUAAAUAAAAGUUUAUUAAUUCAUCAGUUAGUCUUUUCUUAGACUAACUAAUACCUUUAAGUUGGAUUUGUACACAGUCUAAUAAAAGUAUGAGCUCUGGACAAAUGCUGAAUCAUUGGAAUAGUCAGUAGCCAGGUUAUAUUUGAAUAUGUCAGAGUUUGUGUGAACUUUGCAGGGUAACGGUCCCUGUUUCAAAAUGAGUUGACUGCAAAUGUUUUCUUCUUUUUGUGGGACUUUUGUCAUCCAUCAAAAACCUCGUAGAUCUUUCAGGAGAUAUGACAGCACAAAGAAGCAGAUGAAAUACUCAUGCUAAAAUCGUGUAUGUCUAACAGAGAAUUUUUUUUUUUUUUGCUGUUUUCUUGUGUAUGCCAUUUGUUGUGAAAGGACAGGCUUUUUCCUUAUCUGGAAAGCAUAUCCCAGGCCUGGCAAUCAUAAUUUAGCACAGACCUGAGGAAAUUAAAAUCAAAUGAAUUGAUAAUGUUUGUACACUCAGGAUUUUUCAGUUUUGUUUUGGUGUUGAACAAUUCUUUAUUGAUGCCUUGGAUCUCUGGCCUCCACAAUAAGUUUAGUAGUACGAUUUUUCAACUCCUAACAUCUUGCUGGAAUCAAACUUGAUCAGUAGUACACUUUUAACACAGGGUUUAGGGUGAGAAGAUUUUUUUUUUUUUUGAAAAUGCAGAAGUACUUCUUGGCAUAAUAGCAUAGGUUUUGCUAUAUAAUUUCUUUGGGAAAUUUCUUUGGGGUUUUCAAUCCAAAUUGGCCCCGAAUUUACUCAUGUCUCAUUAAUAUGUAAAUCACUGAUGGAUGGCUUGAGCACACAGCAUUCCUUACAGUUUAGUGAUCCUGCGAUAAUUUUAUUAGAGGCAAAUUAUUGCAUAAACAGUAUAUCAUCCACUAUAUCUUAUGGCUACCUCUGUAUCAACCAAAUUCUGUAGGUGCAAACAUAUACCAGGGAAUGAUUACUGGAAAAAUGAUCAACUCUAGCAUCCAUCCACUGUGAAUAGAGCAAUUGCCCUUCCCCUUGAUCACUAAAUGUUCUUAUUUGCCAGAUGAAGAUGAUAUUAGCAGAAAGAAAAAGGGGACCAGUGGGUAUGGAAUAUUUAGCAGUGGAGGAAGCUGCAUAGAUCAUUUAGUCCAACACCUUAAAACUAUACAGAGCCAUAAUAGUCUUUGGAGAGUCAUUUUAAUUUGUUUUUGGUAUUGUGAAGAAGAACCAAAAACAAACUCUCUGGAUUUAUUCAUUUAACAAAAAUUGUUGCAUGCCUUCUUUGUCCUAGGCAUUGUAUUUUUUCUUUUCUUUUUUUUAGGUUUAGUUCCUGGGAAUUUAGAUAUGUAUGCCGCAUGAGCAGGAGAAUGUGGAGGAGACAGAAGAAAAAGAGAGAGAGAGAGAGAGAGAGAGAGAGAGAGAGAGAGAGAGAGAGAGAGAGAGAGAGAGAAAGAGAUAGUAUCUAGUAGUCAACAUUUCAAGUAUAAGAAUGAACACAGGGUAGAUACAGAAAUGGCUGGGGGUUGAUGAGCACACAGAGGAGACACGUAGGGAGUUGAUUAACAAUAGACUUGGGACCUGGAUGACAAGAAAGAGCCAGUGUGGCCAUAAUCAAUCAAUUCAAAAGAAUAGGACACUUUGACCUUUUCCGCACACGUGUGGGAACAGUAUGAUUUCUGCAUGUACUUGCAGUUUACUCCCGAUUUCUAGGUUGAACUUAGGAUCCAGUCUGCCCAGGAAACUUGCAGUUUAUACUUGUUGUACUUGUGUAAUUAUUAGUAGCCCUCUCUUUAAUUCCUAUUAUGUCCUGGUUUGGAUGAUAUAUGGUAAAGUUUCGUUGAUGCUAACAAAAUUAUCGAGUCUAAUAUAUUUGGAAAAAAAUAAAGAAUUGCUUUACUUCUC